AUGUCAAUAUUAUAUAGAGAUAUUCUUUAUCCGAUAUUUGAAGAAUUACAUCAUGACAAAAAAUCUCUUGCUUCAUGUCUUAGAGUUAAUAAAAUUUGGUGCGAAAUAGUUAUUCCAAUUUUGUGGAGAAAUCCUUGGGAACGUUCAACUCUUUGGAAGAAGGAAAUAUUAUUAAACGUAAUUAUUUCACAUUUAUCAGAUGAAGCAAGAAAUAAUUUUGAUCAACAUUUUAGUUUUUUUAAAAAUUCAUAUAAGAGACCUUUGUUUAAUUAUAUAAGUUUUUGUAGACAUUUAAAUUUAGAAGUAAUCGAAAAUAUGAUGAAUAUAUAUAUUCAAUAUGAAGAAUUUAGAAAUGAUGUACUCAAACUUUUUAUUAAUAAAAAUGCAGAUUAUACACAUCUUUAUAUGCCCAACAAUCAUGAUUAUCAUCUCAUUCCUGAAGUUGAACAGUGUUUUUCAGAAAUUGAAUUCCUUAAAUGUAAUGGUAAAGUAAAUGAUAAUACUUUAUCAAUAUUGGCGAAAACAUGCAAAUCUAUUAAAGAAUUGAAAAUUUAUUCUUAUGAGAAUGAUUAUAAUUAUCAAAUUGCUAAGUUAAUUGAAAAUCAAAAAGAAUUAUUUAGUAUUAGUUUUCUAAAUAAUGGAAGGUCGUCACGUAAAAUUAUCGAAAAUUCAUUGAUCAAACAUGCGGAUACUAUACAAUAUUUUAGUACAUGGGAACAACCUAAAACGAAAGUUCUUACAUCUUUCGUAAAUUUGAAAAUUCUGAAAUUGAUAAAUGCUAGUCCAUUUGUUAAAUUGGAAUGGGAUAAUAUAAAAGAUUUAACUUUACCUUCCUUACAUACUUUAAUUGCUUGUGACAUACCAAUUAAUUAUUUGAUAAAUUUAAUUGAAAGUUCUGGCAGAAAUCUCAUUAAAAUUUAUUAUCAUCACAAUCAUGAUGCGGUAACUGUGAAUGAUGAUAAAAAAUUUAUUCAGGCUAUUUAUCAAAAUUGUCCAGACCUUAUGUAUCUUGAAUUUUUAUAUAAGAAUAAGAAUAAUAUAGAUUUUGAAAAAUUAUUAAUUAAUUGUCAACAUUUAAAAAGAUUGGAUUUUUGUAUUUAUUUUUAUUACAAUGUUGAUCAUAAAAGAUAUUCUUGGGAUAAUUUAUUCAACAUUUUAGCUAAAUCAUCACCACCUAGUUUGUUUGAAUUCGCUUUCAAAUAUACUAAUGACAAUCCUAAAUUGGAAUCUUUAAGAUUAUUUUUUGAUAAUUGGGAAGGUAGACAUCCUAUUUCAUUAAAAUUUAAAAAAGAAAGAUAUCAUCACUAUGAUGAAAGCGGAUAUGAUGAAUUAAUUGAUUUAAUCGAAAGAUAUAAAAAAAAAGGAGUAGUUAAAAAGUAUAUCUAUUAUUAUGAUGAUGAAGACUCAGAUUUAUUAGAAAUUUAUAAAGCAAAAAAGAGUCAUUAA